AUGGACAUCAUACAGGCCGUCUCCGGCUACAUCACCAAGAUGGUGUCGGUCGGGGACAGCGCUGCGACGGGCACCUCCGCGGCCAAGAUGAAGAUCCUCCUACUCGACAACGAGACUGUCCCCAUAGUUUCCACAGCAACAACACAAUCCGCCCUCCUCAACCAUGAAGUCUACCUUACAGACCGCCUCGACAACCCGAAGCGGGAGAAGAUGCGCCACCUCCGUUGCCUAUGCUUUGUGCGACCGUCCCCAGAGUCGAUACAGAGCUUGAUCGAGGAGCUGCGAGAGCCCAAGUACGGUGAAUACAACAUCUAUUUCAGUAACAUAAUCAAGAAAUCCUCGUUGGAACGCCUCGCCGAAGCAGACGACCACGAAGUCGUACGCGCGAUCCAGGAAUACUUCGCUGAUUUCCUCGUCAUAAACCCCGACCUCAUGUCCCUCAACCUUGGUUUCCCACAUCAUAGGAUAUGGAGCACAAGCCCAGACUCGUGGAAUCAGGAUGCACUACAGAGGUCAACAGAGGCAGUCAUGGCGUUGCUUCUGUCGCUGAAGAAGAAACCCUUGAUACGAUACCAGAAGAAUAGUUUGCUUGUGAAGAAGCUGGCGACCGAGGUUCGAUACCAUAUGACACAGGAAGAGCAACUGUUCGAUUUCCGCAAGACAGACACCCCACCCAUCCUUUUGAUCGUAGACCGAAGAGACGAUCCGGUUACCCCAUUGUUAACGCAAUGGACAUACCAGGCUAUGGUUCACGAGCUACUCGGAAUACACAACGGACGGGUGGAUUUACGCCAUGUGCCGGAAAUACGUCCUGAGCUCAAGGAGAUUGUGUUAUCGCAAGACCAGGAUCCAUUCUUCAAGAAGAACAUGUAUCUCAACUUCGGUGAUCUAGGGCAAAACGCGAAGGAGUACGUUGAGCAGUUUGCAUCGAAACAACAAGGAUCACAGAAGCUUGAUUCAAUUGCAGAUAUGAAGCGCUUCAUCGAGGACUUUCCCGAGUUCCGCAAGCUCUCCGGCAACGUCACCAAGCAUGUCACACUUGUCGGCGAGCUGAGCAGACGAGUUGGCGAAGAGAGUCUGUUGGACAUCAGUGAGCUUGAACAGAGCCUAGCAUGUACAGACAACCACAACAACGACGUCAAGUCGCUGCAGAAGAUCAUCCAGGAUCCCAGAGUCCCAGCGAACAACAAGCUCCGCCUCGUUGCCAUAUACGCGUUACGAUACUCAAAGGCGUCUUCAAACUCAACAGCUAUGCUCCUUGACUUACUCGCCGUUGCGGGCGGACUAUCGCGGCAUCGCAUCAAUCUUAUCACAAAGCUACUAACUUACCAUGACUCGCUACAAGCGACUACUGCGGCAGGUGGGGUACCAGACCUGUUCCAGCCUGGAUCUUUCUUCGGCGGCGCCCGAGAUCGACUCAAGGGCCUAAAAGGCGUCGAGAAUGUCUACACACAGCACUCACCUCGCUUGGAGACUACAUUGCAAGAUAUGAUCAAGGGCCGCUUGAGCCAGCAGCUGUACCCUUUCGUAGAGGGUGGCGGGUCGACAAAGGACAAGCCGCAGGACAUCAUUGUCUUCAUGGUUGGCGGCGCGACAUACGAGGAAGCUAAGAUGGUUGCGCAAGUCAAUGCCAGUUCGCCCGGUAUUCGCGUUGUGCUCGGUGGCACCACAGUACAUAAUAGCACUUCCUUCUUAGAGGAAGUAGAGGAUGCCGUCGACUCCUGGCCCGAGCCUCCCGCUACCUCAGCUGCGGCUCGCUUGAAGAGGGAAAACUGCACAGCCUUCGGACGCGAGUGCGUCUUCAUCACCGUCCCUGAGAGCGCUGCACGCAAGAAAGAGAGGGAGCAGCGAGAGCGCGCGCAGAGCAAAAGUGGCGCUGGUGUUACCAUCCCGGACUGGACCAAGAAUCUCCCCGUGCGCACGCAGAGUAGUGCGAGUGUGCAUGAUGGAUACGACAAUGCGGGAUCCGUUGACACCACAACGCCGGGCACGCCGCCGCGAGAUUAUGAGUGGGAAGCCUAUCAGCAAGACGUCGAGCCUGAAACAGACGCCUGGGAGAGAUUGCCCGCAGAGCCUGAAGAGACGCAGGACGACGUGUACGAAGACGAGAAUGACGAUGAAGAUCAGAUUGCGACUGAUCUCACGAUUCGAAUCGGGAGGAUGAUCAUUUGUGAAAAUGUCACUGGAUUUUUCCGCCCCCAAUAUGCCGAAGAGCUCGGCAAGCUUCUGUCUGAGAGCUUCACGCCUUCUUCAUCAGUCACGGGCCAAAGAGCAACGCAGUCGUCUGCUCUUCUGUCUGCAGAGCAGAUGCCGUCGCUUGCACCGUCGCUGAACCUGCUGCUAGGUGGCUCGCUACCUCUACAUCAAAAUAAUGAUGUUGAAGCGCCGCAGCUACCCACCAAGAUGGAAGCUGAAGGACUGCUACAGCGGUACACGGAAGCUGUUAGCCCGCUUGCGCACGUGUUGCAUCUCCCGUCAUUCAAGCGCAUGUUUGAUCGCUUCUGGAUGAAUCUUGAGAUCGGAAGCCCCAAUCAGAACUCGUGUACUGCCUUGAUAUUGGCGGUGUGCAUGGCUGCCGCAGCAUCUGUCUCGCCACUACAGGCCAAGUCGCAAUUUGGCAUCACGAAAGAGGAUCUGUUCUUGCGCUUACAGAAAGCUACGGAGCGGGCAUUGCUUCGGGCUAACUGGGCGAAGACGUCUAAUAUUCGGACUUUGCAAGCUUUGACGAUCUACUUAAUACCCCUCUGCCGAGCGCAAAUAUCUCGAGCGACGUCCGUCGUAGUUGGCGCUUUGGUUCGCCUAGCACAAUGCAUAGGCAUACAUCGUAUGAGCCAUAGCUCGGCCAACAGCCUAACACCACUUCAACGACAUGUUCGAUCACUCUUGUGGUACCAAAUCUGUUUCUUAGACUUCAAGACAGCGGAAGCGCAAGGACCCCACCCUUCCAUUCGGGCGGACGACUUUGACAUCGCUCUCCCGUUGAAUGUAGAUGACGAUGUCUUUGAGUUCGGCAGUCCAAAAUGGCAGCAACACCCAGCCUCCACCACUGGUUGGUCAGACGUCACAUUGUCGUUAAUACGCUACGAGUGCAAUGAGAUACACCGUCUCAUAUUCCGUGGCAGGAUCGAGAUGGAUCGCAAACACAUAACCCUCCACGAUCUCCGCGCCCGCGUAGAAGCCAAGAAACGCCAGAUCCAGAGCAAAUACCUCCAAUACCUAGACGCCAACGUACCCAUCCAACGAUACGCGGGCCUCGUAGCAACUCUGCUGAUGUCCCGCUGCGACUCCAUGCUCCUCUAUCGCCACCUCCCACAAACAUCCCUACAACCACGUUCAGAAUCCGAGAACCGCCUCCGCGACGUUCUCCUCACUGCAGCACUCACCACACUCGAAAUCGGCGCAACACUAGACACACUGCCCUCCCUUUCCUCCUGGGCGUGGUACUCAACCACCUACCAACAAUACCACGCCGUCCUCCUUCUCCUUACCGAACUCUACCGUACGCCUGAUCUACCCCGCAAAGAGCGCAUGGCUACGAUCAUCGACCAUAUAUUCGGCCACUGCUACGGCGUUGGUGUACGAGAACGCUGUUCAGACCUCCUCUUCACCGUAAAGGAGAACCUAGAAGCUUUUUACGUGAUGAAAGGUUUUAACAAGAAAAGACAGCAAAUUGCUCCACAGCAACAUCCUACACUCCAACCGCUACCCUCAUUCGGUGGCUCAGUGACUAGUCCUGGUUUUAGUGCGCAGCAGACACCAAAUAACAUCCACAGUCAGCUGCAGAGGACGAACACGACGGGCACACUGGAUGGGCUGAAUGUGGAUUUCGAUAGUAUAUUGGGUAGCUUGAAUGGCGGUGGUGGCGGUGGUUCGGUGGAAGAUUUCGACGUAUGGGGUGGAAUGGGCACCGGUGCGGGUCAGGAUACGGGUGCUAUUUUUGUGCCGGUGGAUACUGGGCAUCACGCCGAGUUUGGAACUACGAGCCCGAAUGGAGGGUUACAGCAGUGGGAAAAUUGGAAUUUUCCCCCUCAGCAGCAGAAAUACGAGCAAUGA